UCUUCAACUUCUUGCCUUUGUAUGCAUGAAAAUGGAGUUAGGAUGUUUAUCUUAUGUUUUAGUUACCUUCAUAUAUUUGCAGCAAGUUCGUCAAAUACUUUUACUAAAACUUUCACUGGAAUUGAUGGAGCGGGAAAACGGUUAGCUGAUGAGGUCUUGCAAGUGGUGCAUAAAACAGAGAGCUUAAAAAGGAUAUCUUUUUUGGCUCAUUCACUUGGUGGUUUGUUUGCGAGAUAUGCUAUUGCUGUACUUUACAAUAACUUAAAUCCGUUGUAUAGUAGCAUACCAAAUGAUCCUUCCAAUACUUCGAAAAAAGGUGUGGUUGCAGGACUAGAGCCAAUCAGUUUCAUUACCUUAGCAACUCCUCAUUUGGGAGUGAGAGGUAAAAAGCAGCUUCCUUUUCUUCUGGGAGUUCCCCUCCUAGAGAAACUGGCUGCACCAAUAGCCCCUAUUGUUGUGGGUCGAACGGGUAGUCAGCUAUUCCUUACCGAUGGAAAACCUGAUAAACCACCACUUCUAUUAAGAAUGGCAUCCGAUUGUGGAGAAGGGAAAUUCAUAUCUGCCCUUGGUUCUUUCCGGUCCCGCAUUCUUUAUGCCAAUGUAGCUUAUGAUCAUAUGGUUGGUUGGCGCACUUCGUCUAUAAGGAGGGAAAAUGAACUUAUCAAGCCCCCUCGCCGAUCAUUGGAUGGUUACAAGCAUGUUGUAGACGUGGAAUAUUAUCCUCCCGUUUCCUCUGCUGGUCCUCAUUUUCCCCCUGAAGCAGCUCAAGCAAAGGAGGCCGCACAAAAAUCACCAACCACACAGAAUACAGUGGAUUAUCAUGAAAUCAUGGAAGAGGAGAUGAUUCGUGGCUUGCAACAAUUGGGAUGGAAAAAAGUUGAUGUCAGCUUUCAUUCCUCGUUUUGGCCAUUCUUUGCACAUAACAACAUCCACGUGAAAAACGAAUGGCUUUACAACGCUGGUGCUGGCGUGGUGGCUCAUGUUGCAGACACCCUCAAGCAACAAGAACCGUCAUCAUUUGUCCCUGCGGCGAGCUUAUAGCAGUUAGAUAUAUGACUAUAUCUCAGUCACAGUAGAAUUUAAUCAUGUUGAAGAAUCAGUAGGUUGCAAAGAUGAGAUAAUAUCACAGAUUGUUUUGUACUGUCAUAGUUUAGUAUAUUGUAGCUUGGAUGUAAGCUUUGCAUAGCUCAGCCACAUGUAAAAAAGCUUAAUUAAGGAUAAAUUAAGGGUGGGUAAUUCUACAUUUGCUUCUCUACAAUGAUGAUGCUGAAUGAAAAGCAACAUUGAUCAUUAAGAUGAUUAACUAGCUAUAAACUAGAACUUGUUAUGGUAAUUUUUCUUGAUGAUUGGUCGAUUUAUUCUAGCAA